UCAAGUGGUUAAUGGUGUCUUGUCUCGCGGAUCAGUCUGACUCGCCCCCCAGUUGCUGCAUUUGUCCCGGGAUGACCUGUUGAUGUCGGGAAAAGAUGGAGCCGAGCCCCCCUUCCUCUUCCUCCAAAAUGGAGUAGAAUUUAACCACAGAAUAUUUUAUGUGAAAUCCAAUGAUUGCGCAGCGUGCAUACAAAUAUGAGUACUUCUUAAUCUGCAUGCGAUUUGCAAGUAUGCGCCGGGAGAAUGAUAAUAAUAGUGUAUGCAUAUGUAUGUUGCUGGGCGAAUCAAAACGUUUUGGGUAUAGAUAUCAUGGUAUGUGCAGGACUGUAACUCAGCCCGACAUUGCAUAGCAUUGCACUGGCACCGAGGGGGCGAGAGAAACGGAUGUGGGCUUUUCAAUAAUUCAUCUAUCAGACUAUUUUGGUGACAGGAUUUUUGAGGGCUGGGGAGCUUUUGGCUCUUUGGUCGCCGCAUCAAGUGUGGAAACCAGGCAAUUGGGGAAUUAUUUCUUAUUUUUUGCCCCCCCGGGGCCCGUGCCAACCCGGAGCUCGUGUCCAGCUGGGCAGCGGUGCGGGCACACACACUCACCGGGUACCGCAGCCCUGCCGCGGCCGCCCACAUCACAGAAACACCGGCGCCCGACUCUCACAGUGAGACUCUGUAGUGCUGGGCUUUACGAUAUGGCUCAGAUGCUGCAGAUGGCGAUUCCCAACUUUGGCAACAAUGUCUUGGAGUGUCUUAAUGAACAGAGACUUCAGGGAUUGUACUGUGAUGUGUCCGUUGUGGUGAAGGGUCACACAUUUAAAGCCCACCGGGCAGUGCUGGCUGCCAGCAGCUCUUACUUCCGAGAUUUGUUCAACUCUGGAAGUAAGAGCUCAGUUGUGGAGUUACCACCAGCGGUCCAGCCUCAGAGCUUCCAGCAGAUCCUUUCCUUCUGUUACACCGGCCGACUUAGCAUGAACUUGGGUGAUCAGUUUCUCCUAAUGUACACAGCAGGAUUUCUGCAGAUUCAGCAGAUUAUGGAAAAAGGUACAGAGUUCUUCCUAAAGGUCAGCUCACCAAGUUGUGACUCACAGGGUCUUCACACGGAAGAAACACCACCCUCAGAACCCCAGAGUCCCGUUACUCAAACUGGGAGUGGUACUGUAGGAGGGGGUGCGGUUGCCACUGCAACUGCUCGACCUGCUUCCUGCCUAACACCCCUUCCAUUGGUGUCAAGGGUGAAAACAGAGCAGCAACCUCAGGCCCAGCAGCCCCAACAAGAAGCAUCAUCAUAUUCAGUAGUUUGCACUCCAGUUGCUAAGCGUCUUUGGGAGGGAGGAAGCCGUGAAGGUGGUGGAGGAUCAGGAGGAGGGGGAGGUAUGAGGAAAGCAGCCCGCUAUUCACAGGAGGUGGCACGGAACAUGGGAGGUGCACCAUCUCAAAGUGCAGCAUUGUUGGGUGGAAAUGGUACCACUAAUAGCAACAGCAACAACAAUAACAAUAACAGCGGUAGCACGCCGGAAGGCACCAGCCCAGGCACCCCCAGCAUGUACACCAGUGACUCACCAAUCUCUUACCACGAUGAUGAUGAAGAAGAGGAAAUCACUGACGAAACGACAGAAGAACAAUACAGACAGAUCUGUAAUAUGUACACUAUGUACAGCAUGUUGAAUGUAGGGGCAACAGCCAAUGAACGAGUGGAAUCAUUACCGGACCACCUCACAGUUGAAUCAAGGGGAAGAGGAGUUCGAGUGAGGCAAGAUCUAGCCUCUCUUCCCACCGAGCUCAUUGCACAGAUCGGAAACCGCUGUCAUCCUAAACUCUAUGAAGAAGGUGACCCUGCUGAGAAACUGGAGCUAGUAACAGGCACCAGUGUUUUCAUUUCACGUGCUCAGCUGAUGAACUGCCACGUUAGUGCGGGCACACGCCACAAAGUGUUGCUCAGGCGGCUCCUUGCUGCCUUUUUUGACCGAAGCACUCUUGCAAACAGUUGUGGGACAGGCAUUCGGUCCUCCACAAAUGACCCCAACCGCAAGCCACUCGACAGUCGGGUUCUCCAUGCUGUUAAGUUUUACUGCCAGAACUUUGCUCCUAGUUUCAAAGAGAGCGAAAUGAACGCGAUCGCCGCAGACAUGUGCACUAACGCAAGGCGCGUGGUGCGCAAGAGCUGGAUUCCGAAACUGAAGCUUCUGAUGGCAGAAAGCGACGCUUAUGCCAACUUUCUUCCGGACGCUGCCAAAAUGGAGUCUGAUGGCUUGGCCGUGGAGCACGCUUUUGAAACGGGAUCCCUAGAAGGUGGUACAGCCUCUGAAUCAGGCCAGUCAUCUACAGAUGCCCUGCAAGGUGUGAGCGGGGAUGGUAACAGCUUGUUUUAGUGAGUAACACUACCAUGGUUCAGCUAUUCUAUCCUCUUCCACUCGUAUCCCAGUCUCACCCUGGGCGUUGAUGUCAUCUGGGAGCCAUGAAAUGUAACUUUAUGAAGACUGUUGUUGAUUCUCACUUCAGAAGCUGGCAAUUUUUAUUUCCUUGUAGAGUUCUUUGAUUGUACCUUGAGGCUCUCCUUGUCAUACUGCAGAAACACAUUCCUGAAAAGGAGGGAACUCUAGGGACAUUUGGGGUGAGCUGAAGGGGAAAUGGUGUCUGGAAGCUCUUAUCCAGUCUGAAAACACUGUCACGAUUCUGAAUGUAUCUUUUUGGAGAAUCCAGAAAGUUAAUGUUGCUGGACGUAAGAUUGUAUUCAUCUGUUAAUAUUUAGUGGCUGUGUAUCUGCUUUCUGGACCCCAUUUCCUCUGCACAAACACCCUUAGACACCUUUAUCAACUUUUUCUUUUAACUUAGAUUUGUCAUUUUUUUGCCAACUAUUCCACUUUUUGUCUUGCCAAGUAUCCCAAAAGAAGCAGUGUGUCAUUUAUGAUUGUAAGGAAUGUUGUAUUUUUUUUUUUUUUUUUUUUUUGAAGUUUUGCUAUAUCUGAAACUACUGUUGAGUUGUUGAGUUUUGAUAGAGAGUCUAUGAAGGAUUCUCACCUUUUAAAUGAAUGAGAAGUGCAUUGUUGUCCACAUGUUUUUGCAUUAGCAAAAUCCAAAAUUUGAAUCAUUUUAUUUUGGUAUAUUACCAAAGCUUAAUAUUGUCACUUUAGUUUAGUUUAAUCAAAUCGCCACAAGUUUUAAAGUCAAAUCAAACCCAAAACAAUCCCACAAGCUUAAAAAUCAUUAAGGCCUUUUAAAUUUGUCUUUAUGUUCUUAGUAGUUUUAUAUAGAAGACACAUAGGACUGGCGUCUGUGUGCUGUGUAAGUGAGUGAGUACGGAGGCUGCAGAUGGUAGUUUUUGAUGUGCUGUAUCUCACAGCUGACUGCUUCAUGCACCGAUCGCACAAGCGUGGUGCAUGCUGCCGCAUGGCGCAUUCUGUCAUGCUACGCCUCAGCGCCUCUGACAGAGAUGCACUAAACGCUCUAAUGAGUGCAGUAUUAGAGAUUGGCACUGAAUGGGCAUCAGUGCCCCAGCUACGGUGGUUCUAAACCACUGAAGACCACUCUGAGAGUGGAAGCUGUUUUGUAGUCUGUUUUUUUAUGCAGAUUUGAAAAGUUUUUAGGUGUCUCUCUUGAUGGUUUUCGGGUUUUAGAAAGGGAAGAUUUUGAAGUCUUUAAUGCCAAUGAAGAGCUGUUGUAACCCCAUAUUAGGAGAUGAAAGAAAGUAACCAUGUCCUUUAAAGUGUAGUUGCACUCUUAAAAUAUUUAAGGAUGUUAAAAUUAGAUUCCCAAAGUAUGACCUGCAUUUUCAGGUCUUUUAAGCACACUUAUUUCAUGAAAUAUGGUAAUGUUUGAAUUUUUGAUUAUGACUGAAGAAAGGCUGUGAUUGGAUAAGAUUAUCUCAGUCCAAAAGCCGAAACGAAGGUUUAACCUAAAAACUAAAUUAUUCAUGCAUAACCCCACUAUUUAUGGGUUUUUAAAUGUUUACAUUUUGUUUUUCCUUUUUUAACCUCUUCUUUUAAAAAGAUAGUUCACCCAAGAAUGAAAAUUCUGUCAUCAUCUACUCACCCAUCCAUCGCAUCCAAACCUGUAUGACUUCUUUAUUUUGUGAAACACAAAAGAAGACACUUUGAAAAAUAUUGGUACCAAAAUAAUUUGAUAUUUUGAAGAAUUCUGGUACUAAUCCAAUUGGAUAUUUUGACGAAUGUUGGAGCCAAACCAAUUCGAUAUUUUGAACAAUGUUGGUACCAAACAAUUUAAAAAUUCGAAGGAUGUUGGUACCAAACAAUUUCAAGUUUUGAAGAUUGUUGGAACCAAACCAAUUUGAUAUUUUGAAGAAUGUUCAUACCAAAACAAUUUGAUAUUUUAAAGAAUGUUGGAGCCAAACCAAUUUGAUAUUUAUGUAAAGGUGUCAUCGGAUGGCCAUUUUCCACAAGUUGAUAUGAUUCUUUAGGGUCUUAAUGAAAAGUCUAUAAUAUACUUUGAUUAAAAAUUCUCAAUGGUUUUGUAAAACAACACCUUUUUUACCUUGUUAAAAUGAGCUCUGCAAAAAUCUAUUCUAAGGGGUUGUUCCUUUAAAUGCAAAUGAGCUCUGCUCGCCCCACCCCUCUCUUCUUUCUGUGGAAUGACGAGCUUGUUUACUUUAGCCGCAUUUAACCAUGUUUAGCCGCUAAACUUCCAACUACCACGUUAUAAGGAAAGGCGAUCGCAAAGAUUCAUAAAAAAACGCUUAUACACACUUGUUGGUGAAGCUGGAUCAUGAAUAAUUCGAGCAAACAUAGACGGAUAUAUGUAGAUCAGGAGACGCAUUCCCUUUACAAACAAACAUAAUCCACUGCAUCUUCAGCUGCUCAGAAGUUUGCAUCCGAUGACCCCUUUAAAGAAUGUUGGUACCAGAUCAAUUUAAAAUUUAAGAAUGUUGGUACCAAACAAUUUAAAAUUUUAAAGGAUGUUGAUACCAAAAAAUUUAAAAUUUUGAAGAAUACUGUAACUAACCAAUUUAAUAUUUUGACGAAUAUUUGAACCAAACCAAUUUGAUAUUUUGAAGAAUGUUGGAACCAAACCAAUUUAAUGUUUAGAAAAAUAUUGGUACCAAACCGAUUUAAUAUUUUGAAGAAUGUUUAUACUAAACAAUUACAAAUUUUAAAGGAUGUUGGUACCAAACAGUUUCAAAAUUUUGAAGAAUACUGGAACCAAAUCAAUUUAAUAUUUUGAAGAAUGUUCAUACCAAACAAUUUAAAAGUUGAAAGGAUGUUGGUACCAAACAAUUUAAAAUUUUAAAGAAUAUUUGAACCAAACCAAUUUAAAACUUUGAAGAAUGUUGGAACCAAACCAAUUUGAUAUUUUGAAGAAUGUUGGAAUUAAACCAAUUUGAUAUUUUGAAGAAUAUUUGUACCAAACCGAUUUGAUAUUUUGAAGAAUUUUUAUACUAAACCAUUUAAAAUUUUCAAGGAUGUUGGUACCAAACAAUUAAAAAUUUUGAAGAAUAUUGGAACCAAACCAAUUUAAUAUUUUGACGAAUAUUCAUACCAAACCGAUUUGAUAUUUUGAAGAAUGUUGGUAGUAAACACGUUGAUAUUUUAAAAAAAUCUUGGAACCAAACCAGUCUGAUAUUUUGAAAAAUGUCGGAACCGAACCAGUUUAAAAUUUGGUAGAAUGUUGGAACCAAACCAAUUUGAUAUUUUGAAGAAUGUAGGAUCCAAACCAAUUUGGUGACCACUGACUUCUAUUGUAUGGAGGAACAAAAAAACACACAUUACUCAAAAUAUAUAAUUAAUAAUAAAAUAAAUUAUUUUUAAUAUUAUUAAACUAUAAUCAUAAAAAAAUAAUUAAAAACAGUUUUGGGUGAACUAUCCUUUUAAAAAAAAAUAAAAAUUUAAAACCCUUUUAAUUAGACAUUUUAUAGGGGGAAAAGAACAAAAAGGCAAGUGUUUUAGUGUUUGUUUGUUUUGUGUGGGUUUUUUUUUUUUUUAAAGAUGGCAGCUUAAGUCUGUCAAUACACUGCACCGGGCCAGAGGACAUAAGAUUUUUACCUCUCAGCCACGUGGUACGAUCCUAAGAGACUGCAUCAAGUCUUAAUCUUAGUACGAUAGGAUGAGAUCAAGAUAUUUGCACAGAAAUCUGAACUGGAUUGUUCAGCACUGCCUUAAAGAAUGGAAAUGUAUGCCUGGGAGUCUUACACAGCCAGUCUGCGAAAGAGAAGUGAAAGAAAUUGUUGGAACGGGAGGGAACAGAAUGCCUGAAUGAUCCUGUAUGCAUGCAUGCAUGCGUGCUGGUGUGCUCCGCUACUUUUUCCUCAGAGUUUGAGCCUCUUUUUCAUUUCCAUUUUUGGAGACACAUGUGCUUAAUAUCUGUGCAUUCAUGUGAGAAGGCUGACAGGAAAGAGAGAGUGUGCGCCAAAGGCAUGCUUUUUUUAUGCGUGUGCAUUUGUUUAUGUGUACGUGCUCGAAUGUAAGUCUCGUUUUUGCGUGCCAAAUGCACGUCUGAGAGAGGGUGCGUGGGUGGUGUUGGUGUAUGACUGUGGAAUAUGUGCAUUGUGUGUGUGUUGAUGGGUGGGUGGGUGGCUGGUAUGUGCGUAUGCAGAGAUCAGAGAGCUCUGUUUGUUUUUGUCUGACUCAGAGAGGGAGACAUACAGUGCAGACGCAAGCAGAGAGGGGAGGGAAUGUAUUGGUGAGGAGAUGGAUACACACACACACUUAAACACACAACUGGUGCAGUGAGCCAUUUCCCAAAUGGAGGCAUCAAACGGUACGCUUUGAUUAAACAAACCAUCAGCUUGCCUUGAAUCUCAUCUUAGGGAUUGUUUUUUCAUUGAGGAGUUAACAUGAAAUCAAAAUUGAACUUAUUGUCUAAAUACGCAUUUCUGUGUAUAAAAAUUUCUGAUCCUGCAUAGACAGCAAUGCAACUACCACAUUCAAGGCCUAGAAAGGUAGUAAGGACAUUGUUAAAAUAGUCCAUGUGACAUUCAUUUUAUUAGGCCACGAGAAUAAUUUUUACUUUUACCUUUGUGGGCCUUGAACGUGUCAGUUGCGUUACUGUCAACGCAGGGUCAAAAAGCUCAUCAGAAAUAUCUUAAUUUGUUUCUGAAGAUAAACUUAUGGGUUUGGAACGACGUGAGUAAUUAAUGACAGAAUUUUCAUUUUUGGGUGAACUGUCCCUUUAAAUGUAAAGUGAACACCACAUGUGAACACAAUUACACUAGUGUGUUGGUUAGUGUGUGUGUGUUUAUCAUUCUAUUGUCCAAAACACAGACAAGUGUGAAAAAUAGGUUGAUGGUGGCUGCAUAAAUAUGGCUUUGUGUUGGACUGUUCCUCGUUGCACCUUUUAAAAUACAACGAAAGAGCAAAAGAUAGACAACAGCGGUCAACGUUACUUCAUCCACUUAGAAUGUACAUAUAUGGAGCUGGAUCCUCCAAUGUACAACUUGAUAAGACCGUUUUUGUACUAUCAUGUUAGACACACAGAGGGACCAGGAGUUUUUUUUUUUUUUUAAGGAAGCAGCCAGCAUGCUUGUCCACGAGGGCUGGGUUUGUGAUGUUUUCAACUCAUGAAUCACUUCUUAACUCAGUGGUGCAUUGGUGAGAUUGGCUAAACAAUGUGCGCUGAACUCAACGAACUGUAGUGGAAUUACCCCGUGUAGAGUUUCACCCCCUGACCCGCACACUGAGUUCAUGGUCUUGCGUGCAAGAUCCUUUAAUUUACCAAAUUAAACUUAAUGCAUUUUUAGUAUGUUAUAAGAGAACGAGUGGAACAGAACAAAUGAGGUUAGGCGGUUAGGCUUCGGAUGCUUUGAGACACGCAACAAUGAAAACCACAAAAAAAAGAAAAGGAAAAUGCAUGGCAAACUAUAUAUCUUUGUUUUUAUUAGCUAUGAUUUUGUUUACUGUAGAGUAGUGCUUGGCUGUUGAGAUGCUACUAAUUUGUUAACAUAGAAUGUAGAACUGCCAAGCGUUUUGUAAAGGAACAUCAUGAAAUUUACAGUAGCUAGGAGCAAGAGAAGCGCUAUAUUUUUGCUUUGUACAUGACUGAAGUGCUGGGAUGAGGGGUGAGGGCAGCUGAAACUAGCUAUGAAGAGGGUUUACUGUAUUAAAAUGUCAUUUUUAAAGCGUGGAUGAGAUUUAAGCAGCAUAGAUAUAGGGAAUUGGGGUCUGUAUGCACUGCAAGCUGUAUUAUUAUAACUUUCUGUCUUAAAUAUCGUUUUUGUUACUGAAUUUGCUAGUUAAGAUGACGUUCGAAUGAACGUCUCAUGGAUGAGCGCCUCCUGAUGUCGGAUUUGAUAAAUGCUGAUGGUAGAAAAGGAAACUGCCAUGCAGUUACUUCUCCUGACCAUUAAGGGACAGCAAAGAUCUUUAGUUUAAUAACCCCUUGCCAAAAGUAAAUGUACUGUUUGAAAUGUUGUUGAACUGCCAAAUUUAAGGAAAUGUAUUGCGGUUAUUCAGAUCUAGAAUAAAUCUGGUCUCUGCUGGUGUUUACCAAUGUGACGAUCAAAACAUUUGAUGUUUAAUAUGACACUUUAUUAACAAACAACCAAAAUGAGGAUUUGCGAAUAGCUAUCAGGAUUUAACAUGACUUAAUACAGUAUAUUUACAGAAUUGUUACCCUCCACUUAUGAUUGUCUUUGUUUUAAUUGUCUACACUGAUUUGUGGAGAAAAAUCUGGAUUUAAGGAUUGUAAAAUGUGUUUGCUCUCUUAUCAAUUGCUGAAGAUGCUAUUAUAUCAAGUCGUGUGUAUUUUGUAAGAGAGAGGGAGCUUUAUUUAAAUCUGAAAAAGCACCUUUUGAUGAGUGUUCAUAGUUUGUGAACUCGUACCUUUCAUAGGAGUCUUCAACAGGGGGUUUUCAACCUUGUUUUUUUUUUUUUUUUAAUGUGUUGACUACAAAAAUAAAAUCUAAUGAUGUUCUGCUAAAUUUUUCUGUGUCCCUCCCACAUUAAAUUAUAUAAAAGGAAUGAUAUUUUAUUUUAAUACAAGUAUUAAUGGCUAUUUCUUAUUUUAAUGGCUUUGCAAUGUAAGCAUCAUAUGUAAAUACGUUAAUAUAGUAAUAGUCGCAUGUUAUCGGUCAGGCUUAAAAUGCUACUCAAUUUUAUGCAAUAUGUAAAAUGGGAUCCAUUUUCUGUCUCCGUAAACAGCAAGCGGUGCUUGGCCGGAAAAUAAGUUGAAGACCCCUGUCUUAGCACCUUGAGCUCCCUCACUCUUUCGAUUGAGCACUGGGGACUUUUGUAUCAAUUUCUUUUUUUUCUGAGUCUUAGGGCUGGUUCACACAGAACUCGUUUUUUUGCAUUUAACUGUGCUGCUUUUUAACUUUUUCCUAUGUAAACAUGCACUAGGCAGACAUCUUUGAGCACUGUGAUGCAUCUUGCUGCUUUUUUAGCAUCUUGUGCAUGCAAGCUGUGGUCACAAAAAAAAGUCGUUUGACUAUUAAGACAAGUUUGACUUUUAAGGAAAGACACCACAAAUUUAUAUAAUAAAUUUCACCAUUCGUCACCUGUUGAUAGUUUUGUAUUACAAGUUUUGUGAAAUAUUAUCGUUGAAUAUCAAACGACGCAUUAUGUACACUGCCGUUCAAAAGAUUUUAAAUGUUUUCUUCUUAAAGAAGUUAUGCUCAUCAAGGCUGCAUUUAUAUGAUUAAAAAUACAGAAAACAGUAAUAUUGUGAAAUAUUAUUGCAAUUAAAAAUAAUGGUUUUCUAUUUUAAUAUACUUUAAAACAUAAUUUAUUUUUGCAAUGCAAAGAUUUUCUUCAGUCGUUACUCCAGUCUUCAGUGUCACACGAUUCUUCAGAAAUCAUUCUGAUAUGCUGAUUUAUUAUCAGUGUUAUCAGUGUGCUGCUUAAUAUUUUUUAGAAACUUAAAAUGAAAAUGUAAUAAUAUACACUACUGUUCAACAGUUUGGGGUCAGUAAUUUUUUUUUUUUCUUUUUUUUUGAAAUAGAAAUUAAUACUUUUAUUCAGCAAGGAUGAGUUCAGUUGAUAAAAAGUGAUAGUAAAGACUUGUAUUUUUAGAAAAGAUAAGAAAAGGUUUAGUUAAAAUAAAUGCUGUACUUUUAAACUUUUUAUUCAUCAAAUAAUCUUAAAAGAAGCAUUAAAGUUUUCCAAAAUAAUAUUUGGCAGCUGUUUCCAACAUUAAUAAUAUAUCAGCAUAUUAGAGUGAUUUCUGAAGGAUCGUGUGACACUGAAGACUGGAGUAAUGAUGCUGAAAAUUCAGCUUUGCAUCACAGAAAUAAAUUAUAUUUUAAAGUAUAUUAAUAUACAAAACCAUUAUUUUAAAUUGUAAUAAUAUUUCGCAAUAUGAAUUUUUUUUCUGAAUUUUUUAAUCAAAUUAACGCAGUCUUGAUACACAGAAGAGAUUCUUUAAAAAAAAAAAAAAAAAAAAAAAAAGCGUACAGAUCCCAAACUUCUUGAACGGCAGUGUAACUAAAUGUGCACUAAUUUCCAGAACAUAAAUGUGACCGUUGGAUAAAGCCAGGUUCAAAAUUUUAUUUUUGUUGACAUAUUAAAACAUAUUAGUUAAAGGUUUUACAAAGGGGAUUUUUCUCUUUUUUGUGGAACUAAAUUAGACUCAAAUAGAUAAAGUGUGGUGAACACUUAAUAGUGUGUUUUGUUUUUUGUUUUUUCCACUAGUUUGAGAGGACACAAAUUAUAUGAGCAAAACUGACCAAACAAUAGUAUUGCCUGUAGUGUUUUAUACCUACAGUCUACGUUCUUUUUCAUUUCUCAGCAUUGGGUUUUAAUGUGCAAGAAUGCGUUCUGUGUGAACAACUUCUGUUAGAACAAUAUAAGCUCACUCCACCUCACAGGUCUAGGGAGACGAAAGAGGUGCAUACACAGGAAAAACAAUGACAGAUGCAAUCAAAAAGCCUCGGAUAAAGACAUACCUCUGCUCAAGUAAUAUCUUGUACAUUUUAUCCUUUUAAUAAGAUGUCUAUCAACCCUUUCCAGCGUUCUCUUCUCCAGUAUAAAUACACCUCUGUCUCUAUCUAUCUCUGUGCUGCGGCCCGCCGCUCCAUGUACUUCAACUUUUUGUGCGCUUCUGCGCUGCCGGCAACCUCAAAGACUUCUUACAGAUUUCAAAACAUAUAUUGCUUUUUGUAUAUCCCUGCCCACCAGAGACCAAUGCAUGUGCACGCACACAAGCAGGUGUGUGGAUCUACCUCCCGACACUUUCAGCCAUACCUCCCUGGCUCCUGUGCCCUGAUACAGGUCAUGUGAUGCAGGAGACCCCUUGAAGUGCUGGCAUUGGUGUUACAGGAAAUAGAUGCAAACGGGGUCAACUUUGAAUAUGGAAUGUGGUAGAUUCAUACCUCACCGGGGGCCGGGGAGCUCCGUCAGCAUGGCUCCGGAGAGCAUGUCUCUGGUGUGGUGGCAGGGAUCCUGCAGCUAUUUUUUUCCAGUAUAAAUAUAUGAAUAUACAUAUAUAAAUACAAAUCUAUAUAUACUGUACAUUAUAUAUAGAAACACUAAUGAAGUUUGAUUGUUAGUUGUGCACUCACAGCAUGAGAUGUUAUUCCCCAGAAACCGCUUUUUGGAGAUAAAUGCAGUAGCGUCUACUGAUGUCAAAACCCCUCUGUACCCUUCACCCCACCCCGAGUACAUGCCAGUGUUUCCUCUGUGUUCCAAGUGCCAAUAACUUUGUGAAUUCCUUUACUGUGACCCAACGAGAAAGAAAAUUGCACAUUAACUACUGUAAAAAAAACAAACAAAAAAAAAACAUGGAGAAAAGAUGAAAAUACAUCUUAAUAAAAGUUUGUA